AUGGCUACGGAAAAGCUCCAGACGUAUCCUCAAAAACCCCGCGUCUUCAUCCUGUCGGAUAUCUCGAAUGAACCCGAUGAUGCUGAGUCGCUAUGCCGUUACUUGUUGUAUGCCAACCAGUUCGAGACCGAGGGGUUGGUGGCAUGCACAAGCAUCCGGAUGAAGAACAAGGUAUACCCGCAGGAUAUGGAGAAGAUCAUUGAUGCGUAUGCGGGCGCCGUCGACAACUUGAGCAAGCACGUCCAUCCGGAUUGGCCGUAUCCAAGUGCAGAGCAGUUGAAGGUUCUGAUUAAGAAGGGUGCUGAGACCUAUGGUAUGUCAGCAGUUGGGCAGGACAUCCCAUUAUCUGCCGGAGGUCGGCUGCUCUACGAUCGCAUCGUUGCGCCUUCGACACACCCGCUAUGGAUCCUCUGCUGGGGCGGCACAAACACACUCGCACAGGCAUUGCUCAAAAUCGAUGACGAGUACUCUCCCGAAGACUCUCAGCGCCUACUAUCGCGUAUUCGCGUGUACGCAAUAUCUGACCAGGACGACACUGGUGCCUGGAUUCGCAACAACUUCCCUGAUAUUUUCUACAUUGCCUCAGUGCACGGAUGGAAUCAAUACGGCAUGGCAGCCUGGACUGGUAUCUCAGGGGAGAAAUACUACGGCUUCGAUCAGAGUGGACCAGAUUUUUCCAAAAUGGAGAAGAGCUGGAUAAAGGAGAAUAUCCAGAUCGGCCCACUGGGAAGUGCAUACCCUGACUACCUCUUCAUCCCCGAGGGCGGUACGCCAACCUUUCUCUACCUCAUUCAAAACGGCCUCGGCGUGCCGGAUUACCCCGACUACGGGUCCUGGGGUGGUCGCUACGCUCGAACAGACAUCAGUGGUGCUGGUUUGAACAGCAACCACUACAGCGACGCAGUAGACCGUGUCAAAGGUCUCGACGGCAGGACUCACACCUCUAAUCAUUCCACUAUCUGGCGCUGGCGCGAUGCAUUUCAGAACGACUUUGCAGCAAGGAUUAAAUGGAGCAUGGAGUCUGACUUCAGCAGAGCGAACCACCAUCCUGUCAUCCGUCUCAACGGCACCAAGGAUCUUACGCCCGUGCGCAUCGAUGCUGAAGCCGGUUCCUCCGUUACCCUCGAUGCCAGUGGUACCUAUGAUCCCGAUGGUGGAAAGUUGACAUACAAGUGGUGGCACUACCGCGAACCCACAGCGACACAAUGGUGGGUAGACGCCGAAGUUGCGGAGCUGCAAAUCAAGGAGCUUGAUGAUGAAGGCAAGCGGGUCGAAGUCGUGUUGCCGCCACCGGACAAGUGUGCAGUCGAGCUGAUGAGCAGGAAGCCGGUUCCGCAAGGGCAACUGCUGCAUUUGAUUCUUGAAGUUGCGGACGAUGGAACUCCAAGCUUGACGAGCUACAGGCGCGUGUUGAUUCAGGUUACGAAUAGAGAACUCAGGGGUGGAGGCAACGGUACGGAUGCCAUUGGCGAUCUGAUGAAAGACUUGUAA